AUGAGUAGCGAUGGGGAAUACAAGGCAGAAAUGCUGCACAAGGAAGAGAAUGGGCUCCCGCCUAACCAUAGUACGGACGGCGACGUCAUCUUCGAUGCGGUCGAGGAGAAGAGACUACUUCGCAAGAUAGACUGGCGGCUGUUGCCUAUACUGGGUGCUUUGUACUCGAUUGCACUCAUUGAUCGUACCAAUAUUGCAAAUGCAAGAGUAGCAGGAAUGGGCGCCGAUCUCAAUCUGCAGAUUGGUGAUCGAUACACGAUUGUCCUGGUGUUGUUCUUCCCGACUUAUUUCCUCCUCGAACUUCCCUCCAACAUGAUUCUGCGGAAAGUGGGCAGCGCAAACUGGCUAUCAUUUAUUGCGCUUUCGUGGGGCGCCGUUAUGAUUGGACAGGGUUUUGUAGAGAGCUGGAUAUCGUUGGGUAUCUGCCGUAUUCUCCUCGGUGCGUUCGAGGCUGGUUUCUUCCCUGGCUGUGUCUACCUCAUCACAUGUUGGUACAAGCGGUAUGAAGUACAGAAACGGUUGGGUGGUUUCUACCUCUUCUCCGUCGGCAUUGGCGGGCUCGCCAACAUCCUCGCAUAUGGAAUCAUGCAAAUGGAGGGAACAGCAAACAUACGCGGCUGGAGGUGGAUCUUCAUUUUGGAAGGGAUACUGACUUGCGUUGUCGCCAUUGCAGCCUGGUUCGUUAUCCUAGAUUUCCCAGACAAGGCGGAGAAGAAAGGCUACUUGACCCGGACUGAAGCCUCGGUGAUUCUACAACGCAUCGAAGACGACCGCGGCGACUCAGUCGACGACCCUCUAACCUGGGCCAAGUUUGUCCAUCAUCUAGGAGAUAUCCGUCUCUGGGCGUACGCAUCCAUGUUCAUGUCGACCACCAUGCCCGCCUACGCCUUCUCCUACUUCCUCCCCGUCAUCCUCCUAGGCAUGGGCUACUCCCCCGGCGCCGCAAACGCACUAGCCGCACCCCCCGCCAUCGUCGCCAUGUUCACAGCGUUUGGGUUCGCAUGGUUAGGCGACAAGUACCGCGUCCGCGCGCCCGUUAUUGCAACACAGUCCAUCCUCGCCAUUGUCGGCCUCAUGAUUGUCGCCUACUCGACCAACAACGGGGCCCGGUACUUUGGCACGUUUCUCGGCGUCUGCGGCUGUCAGGGCAAUGUGCCUGCCAUUCUGGCCUACCAGUCCAACAAUAUCCGUGGCCAGAGCAAGCGCAGCGUGGGCAGUGCGCUGCAGAUUGGGUUUGGUGCAAUCGGAGGGAUAAUUGCGUCGACGACGUUCAAGGAGGCGGAUGCGCCGAGAUAUGUGACGGGGCUUUGGGUCACGGCUGGGCUGCAGUUCUUCAUCUUGGCUAUCUUGUGCGGGACUACUUGGUACUUUAUGAAGAAGAACAAGCAGGUCGAUAGAGAGACGGCCAAUGGAGAGGCGGUGACGCCGAUUGAGGGACAGGUGGGAUUCAAGUAUACCUUGUAA